AUGGGCGUUACCAUCGUGCCCGCAGGUUUACCCUCCUUGCCUCGCCGUGGGAGCGAGGUCAAUGGCUCUGCACACAACAGUCCUCAGGAACACCAGAAGGCAGAGGAGAUACUGAAGGUCCCCAAAGACCCAGUGCAGCGCUGGGUGCAGGAGCUUGCUAAGCUGAGCAAGCAGCUGCAGCAGGUUCAUCCCAAUGUCCUGGCCAAAGUGCUCAAGCAGGCAACUGUCUACCAGAAUGAGGAGAUUGUGGUGAUCAACAAACCCUACGGCCUUCCUGUGCAUGGUGGCCCCGGGAUCAAGAAUUGCAUCGCUGAUGUGCUGCCCAUUUUGGCUAAGAUGUUGGAGAACAUGAAAGCUGAACCCCUCCACCUCUGCCACCGGCUGGACAAAGAGACCACGGGUGUCAUGGUGCUGGCACGAAGCAAGGAGGCGGCGGAGAAGAUCCGGCUUCUCUUCAAAACCCGCCAGGUGGAGAAGAUCUACUGGGCGAUUACCCUGGGCAACCCAGACCCCUCCAAGGGCAUUGUGGAGAUCCCCAUGGUGGAAAAGGAGGUGAAGAGCCACCAGCCACACUACAAGAUGACGCUGGCCCCCAACUACCGCCUGUCUCCAGAGGAUGGGAAGGUGGUGAAAACGCGCAGGAGCUGCGAUGCCGAAAGCGCCGUGACGCGGUACCGCCUGCUGGCCAGCGCCAGCGCCUGCUCCCUGCUGGAGCUCCAGCCUGUCACUGGGGUGAAGCACCAGAUCCGGGUUCACUUGGCUUAUGGUUUGGGGUGCCCCAUCCUGGGGGAUCACAAGUACUCACACUGGAGCAAACUGGCACCCCAGAAGCUUCCUGAAAUCACUCUGAAAAGGCUGAAGCUGGAGCAGAGCAAGGCUCGCCACCUCCCCCUCCACCUCCAUGCCCACCGGCUCUCCCUACCCCUGGGCCAGCAGAUAGACCUUGUCUGCAAGCCCCCCCUCUUCUUCCAAAAGACUCUGAAGAAGCUGGAGCUGGAGGUCACUAAUGAGGCAGCAGGGGAGCAGGACUGA